UGUCAAGUGGACUGCACUGUUUGUGUCAUGGCUGAAGUAGACGAAAACACACUCGUAGACGCGUUGAAAGAAUUUACCACAUUUGGUAGAACGUCGUUGGAAAAUGUGGAAAAAGACACUGCAAAUGGAGGCUCUUUGCAAGAAAUUAAUCGGAAAGUUCUUCCUUUACUUGGCCUGAUGUCAGCAGGGGCAAAGUUCUUGAACAGAAAUUCAGAGGUCCGAGAAAGUGUUGAAGGUUUACUGCAGUUGGAAGUGGAGUGGGACCGUUUUUUGAAACGUCUGGAUGUUCAGGUGCAAAUGAGCGACACGGUUCUUUCCCAGCAUCCUGCAGCUCAGACGCUCAGCUCAGAUACACGCUUUUUACACGUCCAAACGAAAGAGAAUGUGUCUCUGGGUCAGUAUUUAGGGAAAGGGGAGAAUAUUCUGCUUGUGCUGCUCAGGCAUUUCGGAUGAUUGCCUUGACGGGACCACCUGACUGAGCUGAAGAACAGCAAGACACUUCUGGAAGCUCAGUCACUGCGGGUGCUGGUGGUCUCGUAUGGCUCUCUUGAAGGGGCCACUUUAUGGCUCAGUCAGACAGGCUUUGAAUUUGACAUGCUGUUGGAUCCUGAGAGAACGGUGUACAAAGUGUUCGGUCUGGGUUCAUCCAUGAGCAAAGUCAUGAAGUUUAAGCUGAUGUUCCACUACUCUGAGAUUAUGGCCAUGAACCGGACAUUACCCGAAAUGCCGCCUCAGUUCAUCGAGGAUCUAUUUCAGAUGGGUGGCGAUUUUGUGCUGGAGCAGGGUGGUAAAGUGAUAUUUUCCUACCGGUGUAAAAGCCCUGUGGACAGACCAUCCGCUACUCAGAUUCUGGCCACCGUCUCUGCUCACUAUGCACAUUAAUAAGUCCUGGAGAGAAAUAAAAAUCAUGCUUUUCUUGCUUCCUUGCCAUCUAGAUAAGAAGGUCCAUUUCUUGAAAACGUAUACUCAUUCCUGUUUGUGCCAGACGUAGGAUGUUUUCUUUCAUUUACUAUGCUAGAUAGAUGGCCAAAAUAAAGUGGAGAUUCCAGACCCUCAAAUUAAAAUGGAAAAGUUGUUUUUCCAAUACACAUUUGCUAAAAAAAAUAAAUGGUAACACUUUAGAACAAUGGUCCAUUACCUAAUGUUAAUUAAUGCAAACAUUAACUAAGUAUGAAUAAUCUUGCAAAGCUUUAAUUAAUCAUAGUUCAGCAUUUACUAAUGCAUCAUUAAAAUCCAAAGUUGUGCUUGUUAAUGUUACAGGGUGUUCACGGAUCUUUAAAAAGUCUUAAACACCAUAGUACAAAAAUAGGGCCUUAAUAACUCUUAAAUCCGCAUUUCAGAGGUCUUAAAAAUGCAAUCGAACCAACCCCCCAAAUGUUUUCGCUGCAUCUAAAAUCGACUUAUACUCAAUAGGUACUGCAUUUAAUUCAAUACUAUUCAACCGUUAGAUUAAUACGUUCUGUACAGUAUGAAUGCGAGUAGUGUGAAUGGAAUUCGGACAUACUACAUCCGCCAUUUUGUCAUGAUCACGUGACCUACCCACAUCAUUUGUGUCGCUUCACUCCUAUUCAUGAAUUCUCUCGCGGUGCAUCAUGAGAUAGCAUAGCGUGCAUUAGAUGCGCACUUCAGAAUCUCGCCAGAAGUAGUAGGUCAUCCGGGUACUUCUAGCAUACUGUUUUUCAUCUUCUAUGAAUUCGCACAAAUUACUUGGCUCGCAUACUGGCUUUAGUAUACUAUAUAGUAUGGAAGUAUGCAAUUUAGGAAUGCAGCCUUUGUGUCAGUUUUGAAAUCUACUUAAAUCUCUUUAUCUUUCAUCAAGCAGAACAACAUAGGUGGAACCAAAGUCCAUUUAUAAUCUUUGGUGAAGCACAAUGAAAUACACGUGGGGUUAUUGUUUGCAUAAUGAACGUUUGCUGGGAUUUCACUUGCGUAAACUGAGUUUGCUAGGAUUUUGCUCUAUAAUAUUAUUAAUAAUAAUAAUAAUAAUAAUAUUUUUUGGCAAAUUCUAUACUAUAAAGUCAGCCUUAAAUUUCAUUGUGUAGUAUUAUGGUUUUAAAAAGUAACGUUAUUCAACUUAAAUAAAUUUAACUUCGCCAUCAAAUGUUAACAAAGAUUAAUUAAUAUCAUAAUAAAUGUGUUACAAAUUGUUAGUAAAUACAUUAAAUUAUGGCCUAUUAUUUUAAAGUGUUACCAAAUAAGCAUUAAAAAAGGUAAAAAUGGGAAGUUAAUGCAUUACUAUUAUACUGCGAAUAAACAUGAAGCUAUUAGUAUUUCAGGGUAUUUUGGGAAUUAAUUAAAUAUUUUAGAUGAUAUCCUGGAGCUCUCACAUCCUCCAUAGACCGCAUUGGUCUCGAUAUGUUUAAAGUCCAGAAAAAGAAACAAAAACAGUCAAAACAUUCCAUGUGUCUUCAGUGGUCCAACUGUAAUUAUACAAAGCUCCAAGAACACUUUUGUGUGCCAAAAAAUGGUAAAUAUGACAUCAAGUCAGGUCAGGGUCCACAGUAUGACGUGUUGCCAUUUCAUGUUUUUACCUUUUUUAAUGCACAAAAGUGUUCUUGCAGCUUCUUAAGAUUACAGGUGAACCACUGAAGUCACAUGGAAUGUUUUGAAAAAAUUGUAUUUUCUGAACUUUGAACGUCACAGAACCAUUGCUGUCUAUGGAGGAUGAGAGAGCUCCAGGAUUUCAUCUAAAAUAUCUUAAUUUGUGUUCCGAAGAUGAACGGAUGUCUUAGAGGAUUUGAACAACAUGAGGGUGAGUAAUUAAUAACAUAAUUUCCUUUUUUUGUGUGUGAACUAACCCUUUAAUAGGAAAUAAGAGCUAUGAAAUAAGACCCUGUCACUGGCGUUAACAGUUGAAGGUGUGCUCUAACUUGGCUCCACAGAUAGACAGCUCCCCCUGAGGUUGUAUAGAUGAAGAUUUGACUUAAAGUCAUAUAUUUAUGAAGAGUCGUUUCUGAUGGGAAUGUACACCCUCAGGUCAUCACAGCAUUUUAUCUGUUGAGUUCCAGAUCUGACUGACCUUUAUAUCCCACAUCAAUGUCUUUAAAGAUGUUAAAUAAAAAUGAAGGUUAUUAAACAUAAUAA